AUGCACCAAAUGGACGCCCACGGUCUCAGAGCCGCUCUCGAGGAAGCGCAGAUCGGCUACGCAGAGGGAGGCAUCCCCAUCGGCUCUGCCCUCUUCCAAACCCUCGACGUCUCCGACUCUCGAGCAGUCACCGCAUCUCCAUUAGGCAGGGGGCAUAACAUGCGCGUUCAGAGAGACUCUCCGACCCUCCACGCGGAGAUCUCGGCGCUGGAGAACGCGGGGCGGCUCAAGGCCCUAGCGUACAAGAAUUGCACAUUGUAUACGACCCUAAGCCCGUGUAGCAUGUGCACAGGCGCGAUCCUGCUGUAUGGCAUCCCGCGCGUCGUCAUCGGCGAGAACGCCAACUUCCGAGGCAGCGAGGAUCUCCUUCGCAGCCACGGGGUCGAGGUGAUCGUUCAAGAUGAUGAUACAUGCAAGGAGCUCAUGGCCAGAUUCAUCCGAGAGAAACCCGAGUUGUGGUUCGAGGAUAUAGGAGAAGUUCCUGAAACAGACUCUUCUUAA